GCACCAGUUUCCUGUUGCUAGUGUGUCGGUAGCUCACUUUGCAAUUGACCAUGUUUGGCUCGAGCUCCUCAUCCAGCAGCUUCUACCCGCCGUCGCCCGCCUUUGGCCGACCCAAGUCGGCGGCAGUCACGCGCGUCGCCAGCAUGACCUCCGACGCUGCCGCCCGCCGCUGGGCCAACGACAACGGCCUUGCGAUCAUGAACGUCUCGUGGGAAGACGCUGCGCGCAACAAGAACAGCGCGUACGGGCCGUGCAUCUCGGACAUGACGCUCGUCGUCGAGAACACGUGGAUGCCCGUGCUGCGCGUGCCCAAUUUUUCAGAUCCGAUCAUGAGCAUCCCGACGAGCAAGAUCAUGGUGACAGUCGGGAACGAGUCGCCCCACAACGUGCCAUUGACCAAGAUCUCGCUCCACGAGUACCUCGACAACAUCCACAAGUACACGGAGCUCGAGCGCAGCUUGUACGCGCCAGCGCACGACCACCAAGCCCUCGUCAGCACGCAGGCGUGUUUUUUGCCCAUCGAAGAGGCGACCGGCAAGGCCGAGUUCCACGUCGGUCUCACCAACUACCAAGCCCGCGAGAACGACCCUGCCGUGCUCGUCCUCGUCUGCACAGACACUGGCACGAGUGCCCAAGUCAUGACGCAGCGCAGUGCGACCUUGUUUUGCAACAACAAGGGCAGCAAGCACACGUUCAUUGCCGAGCGGCUCUCGACCGACCGCGCCAAGCGGGGCGUUGCAACCACGGGCGCCAUGACGGAAGCCGAAGAGGCGCGCAACUACGUCAUGAUCAUCCAGAUCCCGCUCGAGCAAAAGCCGGUGUCCCUGCGAGGCGACGACGGGCCAUGGUGAUUUUCAGCACCCGUUGAUCAAAAUCUUUCAGCCGCGGUCUGGUAGCGUAGUGUAAUGAAAUGUAGAGGGAUUCAGAUACAGUAAGCAACAUGAAUCUUUGCCUAGG